AUGGCGGACGAUGGUAUGCUUCUGAACUUCGCCCUUGGCGACAGUGUCAUCACACAAGAGGCGAAAUACAAGGGAGGAACAUGGCGGGACCGACUCUCUGCGAAGAAGCGCUCGCAGCACCAACCUCGAGACGGCGAAGGCGAAGGCAAAGGCAAAGGUCCCCACCAGCCCAAGAACCCCAAUCAAACCCAGCUUGGUACGAGACCAGCAAAGCGACAAAGAACGACCGAUUCGAACGAAGGAAGGUCCGGAGAAGGUGGUAACCGGUCUCGACCCCAACAGCAAGGACCACGCCGACACCCCGGACAGUUUGCCUCUUCUCUUUUCACCAGCAACCCCGAAUCAACACAUGUGGAAGAGCCGAAGUCUGAAGAACCGAUCGAGGAUGCGAAGCCGACCAAUGCGCCCCUACUGGAUGGAUUGGAUACUUUUACCAACUUGGGAUUGUCGCCCAAUCUGGCUGCGCAUCUCCUCACAAAGCUUGAGUUGAAAGCACCUACCGCGAUUCAAAAAGCUUCCGUCUCACAACUCCUGAAAGAAGAAAGCGAUGCGUUUAUCCAAGCCGAGACUGGUUCCGGUAAGACCUUGGCUUAUCUUUUGCCCCUGGUGCAACGGAUCAUGGCUCUCUCAAAGGCGACGAAGGAGGACGGUGUUCAUCGUGACAGUGGAUUAUUUGCUAUCAUUCUGGCUCCGACUCGUGAGCUGUGCAAGCAGAUUUCAGUUGUUUUGGAAAAUGUCUUACGAUGCGCCAAUUGGAUUGUCUGCGGAACAGUCAUUGGUGGAGAAAAGAAAAAGUCCGAAAAGGCUCGCCUAAGGAAAGGACUGAAUAUUCUGGUCGCCACGCCUGGUCGCUUGGCCGAUCACUUGGAAAAUACAGAAGCCUUGAAUGUCAGCAAUGUUCGGUGGCUGGUUCUGGACGAAGGUGAUCGCCUGAUGGAUUUGGGAUUCGAGGAGGAGCUACAAGGAAUUGUCAAGAAAUUGGAUGCGAGACAACGACCCAGUCGAGUUCCUGGUGUCCCCACGCGCAGGACUACGGUUUUGUGUUCUGCUACAUUAAAAAUGAAUGUGCAACGGCUUGGUGAGAUCAGUUUGAAGGAUGCAAUUCAUAUCAAGGCCGACGCGACCGAUGAGGACGGGAAAACAGACGGCAAAAAGGAUGACGAAGAUUCAUUCCGCGUUCCUGCUCAACUAAAGCAAUCAUACGCGGUCGUGCCAUCCAAGCUGCGUCUAGUGUCAUUGACUGCAUUCCUCAAACGUACCUUUAUUCGCAAGGGUUCAGUGAUGAAAGCUAUCGUCUUCGUCUCGUGUGCCGACUCGGCAGACUUCCUCUUCGAGGUUUUCUCAAGAGAAUUCGGCAAGAGAAAGGGAAAGAAAAACAGGGAUAGAAACGACAGCGAUGACGAAGAAGAAGAAAGUGAUGAAGCCAAGAUUCUGAGUGAACGGGAAAAGAUGUCCCCUCAUGGUACUAUCGCACCCGCCACUGCCUUCUCCAACUCAUUAAAUUCCCAAAUUCGAACCGCCACCCUCAAAUCAUUCUCCCGCAGCGACGAUCCAUCAGUCAUGGUCUGUACCGAUGUUGCCGCUCGUGGUCUGGAUCUGCCGAAUGUCGAACUGGUUAUUGAGUAUGACCCAGCCUUCAGCGCAGACGACCAUACCCAUCGAAUUGGUCGUACCGCACGUCUUGGUCGUGAUGGUCGGGCUUGUAUUUUCCUGCAGCCCGGAUGUGAAGAGAAUUACGUGGAAAUCUUGAAGCGUGGCUACCGCGAUGGCGGCAAGGCACUCACUCGCACCGAUGCGACAGAAAUCCUCAAGCGCGGCUUCGGCGUCAGCGUGGAUUCCAGCAGCAAGAAUUGGGAGGAGAAGACGACGGAUUGGCAGAUGGACGUCGAGCGAUGGGCUUUGGACAACCCCAAGUAUCUGGAAAUGGCCCGUCGCGGAUUCCAGUCUCACAUCCGUGCCUACGCAACCCACAUCGCCGCCGAGCGCAGCAUGUUCGACAUCAAGGAGCUACACCUGGGCCAUCUUGCCAAGAGUUUCGCCCUCCGCGAUCGACCUGGCAAGAUCAAUGUGCCCGGUCUGCGUACCAGCAAAGAGGAGACAAAGAAGGACUUCAAGGCCUCCCGCAGCGGUGCUGCCGGUCAGAAGAGGAAGGCCGGUGCGGCUGACGAUAACCCAGUUGCCUCUAACACCGACGAUGCGGCCCGGAGGAUGCGUCAAAAGAUGCGCGAGAAUAUGGCCGGAGCCAGCGAGUUCAAUCUUGCUUAG